CCCUCGGCCCCACCCCGGGGCUCGCCCGCAGCGGCGGGGCUUUGUUUCUGGGGAGGAGGGCUCGGAGCUCUUUUGUUUGGGGGUUUGCUGUUUUCACCCCCCCCUCCACGCCCCACACACACCCCAACCUCACCCCACCCCGCCCCACCCCCGGCGCCUCUCCGAUUUCCUGAGCUGCCGGCUGCAAAGGGAGGAGAACCGGCUUCUUGCAACCCCCUCGGCUGGGCCCCGGGGUAAUUCGAUGCGGGCCUGGCGAGGCUCCCCACGUUAGACCCGGGCUCGCGUCUCGGCAGCCUCCACCCACAGGCCCACCCUACAUUUAGCGCAUCAUGUGAUCCGGCUCCCACCACAGAGCUGCUUUUAAAGCAAAGGAACAAGAAAAACCUGUUUCACUGAGAAAAGCAUUCAGACACACCAUCCAUCCUCUGGAGAGGGAAGGUCUGCCAGCUCCUCAGGAUCAAUGUGACUCUAGGAAACAAAUGGAUGACUGAAUAUCCAUAUGAAGAGGAAAACCAUAAAGAAUCUCAACACCCUUGAGAACAGAAUGCUAAUGCUUGAUGGGAUGCCGGCAGUCAGAGUCAAAACAGAGCUUUUGGAAUCUGAACAAGGGUCCCCAAAAGCCCACAACUACCCCGAUAUGGAAGCUGUUCCCCUCUUGCUAAAUAACGUGAAAGGGGAGCCUCCGGAGGACUCACUGCCUGUCGACCACUUCCAGACACAAACUGAGCCAGUGGACUUGUCCAUCAACAAAGCCAGGACCUCCCCUACCGCAGUUUCCACCUCUCCCGUCUCCAUGACAGCGUCUGCCUCCUCACCCUCGUCAACUUCCACCUCUUCGUCUUCUUCCAGUCGUCCAGCCUCCUCCCCCACCGUCAUAACGUCAGUAUCGUCAGCACCCUCCUCGUCAACAGUGUUAUCUCCAGGACCCCUUGUUGCCUCUGCGUCCGGCGUGGGCGGCCAGCAGUUUUUACACAUCAUUCACCCUGUCCCACCUUCCAGUCCCAUGAACUUACAGUCUAACAAACUCAGUCACGUUCAUCGAAUCCCUGUGGUGGUUCAGUCAGUGCCGGUUGUCUACACAGCUGUACGCUCACCCGGAAAUGUGAACAACACAAUUGUUGUGCCGCUCCUGGAGGACGGGAGAAGCCAUGGCAAAGCACAAAUGGACCCCCGAGGCCUAUCUCCCAGACAAAGUAAAAGUGACAGUGAUGAUGAUGACCUGCCAAAUGUGACCUUAGAUAGCGUUAAUGAAACUGGAUCCACGGCCCUUUCCAUAGCCAGAGCAGUACAAGAGGUACAUCCAUCCCCAGUAUCCAGGGUCCGGGGAAAUCGAAUGAAUAACCAGAAGUUUGCUUGUUCAAUCUCACCAUUUAGCAUUGAGAGCACAAGACGCCAGAGACGAUCAGAAUCCCCGGACUCCAGGAAGAGGCGCAUCCACAGAUGUGACUUCGAAGGGUGCAACAAAGUCUACACAAAAAGUUCUCACCUGAAGGCACACCGGAGAACACACACAGGAGAGAAGCCGUACAAAUGCACGUGGGAAGGCUGCACCUGGAAGUUUGCCCGUUCGGAUGAACUGACCAGGCAUUACCGCAAACACACGGGAGUGAAGCCAUUCAAGUGCGCGGACUGUGACCGCAGCUUCUCCAGGUCAGACCACCUGGCCCUGCACCGCAGGAGGCACAUGCUGGUGUGAGGACGGCUCCGCUCCAGCCGGGAGUAAGAGCUGGGUCUCUUGAGGAGCUACUAACUCAGCAGGGCUGAGCUCCCUCUACAGUGUUAGCGUCAAGGGCACCGCCAUUCCCACGGUGCCUGAAACCAGAGCAGGAACAGGAAGGAACCAACCCUUCUCCCUUCGGCCUGAAGGUAACCCCCCACCAUGACCACGCGCGUCAGAGAGCCCUCUGCGUUCACGCUGGCCUGGGAGUUCAGCGCCUCGGGUCCUGAAGAGACAGGCAUUGUUUUCCAUGCUAUGUCCUCUGCCAUUGAAAAGAUGUUUGUAGCUUGUACAUUUUCCGAGCUGGCAGACACUCUGCUAUCAGUCCCUUAAAGGUCAUCUACCACAAAUUGAUGGUUAGAGAAGGCCUUCUCAGUUUGGAGGAUUCUUCCAGGCCCCCACCCGCACCACCCCUGAAACCCCUUUGACAGAAAUUUCAGUUCCUAUCUCAGUAAGCUAGACCACACAUCCAGCCUGUUACCAGCAAGCAGCAUGAACUAGAAAGGGAGGGGCCGUUGGCGAUGUUCCACUACCCCAAAGGAAAGGCGCACAGAAGUAGCCCUCUGUGCUAGCGAUGGCAGACCUAGAUUGUGCUCACGCUUGUCCUCACGCCAUCCCCUGAAGAGAACCAACAUGGAGUCUUCAUUUGUUUGUCGUUGCUUGUUUUUGUUCUGUUUCGAUGAUGUUUUGUUCAUCCGUUCCAGCAAAGGGGCAGAGCAAUUUCUCAAAGGCCAGUCCUGCUCUUCCCUGGCGUGGACUGGCACAGGUGUUCUGUAGUUGAAUAGGAAGAGCCUGUCUAAAAAUAAUAAUAAUAAUAAUAAUAACUAUUGCCCCACUCCAAAUUGCAGUGUUCUGUCACCUAGGCAUCAUUUCUUCCUGCCCUUAGUGUUUGAUUACAAGGAAUCAAGGGGGAGGGGGGCUUUCUUAGACACACUGGCACCGAGGGAAGAGGUGGGGCUGCCCAGGCAAAGUCAGUGAACAUGAAAAUGAGACAAAGCAGAGAUGAGGAGAAAAGCAAUAAUGAAUAGAAGGACUUUCCUACAAUAACGCCACUGAGGACUCACGUUACCAGUUUUCAUACUUACUAAAGGGAUUGUAAGAAACACCCCGGCAUUUCAGGUGUCUUAGUUACAUCCACGGCACUGAGGUAACCUUGCCGCUGUUUGUUGUCCUACUUGCUUGAGUACCACAAUUAAAGACUAUGCUCCCCUUUCCUUGUUCAAAAACAGUUAUUUGGUGACUAGAGAGGCAAGGGAGGCAGGGCUGAGGAUUAGCCCUUUGGCCAGUGGGUCUGUUUUGCUUGGGCAUGAGUGUCCCCAUGGAAAGCCUGCCCUGGUGCUACUUCUCCAGCGUGGAGAGGCAGAAUCUGACUCUCCCGUGGAUUCUUCUCUACACAUUUCACAUUUUAAACACCCAGAAUCCUCAUGCUCCCACACUGGCGUCUGCAGGGACAGACCACCUGCUUAUCCUGGGAGAAGGAUGAGAGCAAAGCCAGGUUCCACUCCUUCUCUCAAAUGAUGAGCCUUUUUGUAUCUAGCAAAAUAUACAGGAAAAGCAAUACAUCCCCAACAAGCACUCUGUCCAAAAUAGUAUCAUAUUUUUUUGUCCCCACUAAAAGCUGCUAUUUUCCCAGCUUUAUGUGGCAAUUGGGUUUGGUGAGAUUUUUGUUGUUAAGACUUUUGAAUAGCUUAAAUAUAAGAGGUCUCCAGACUUUGCAAUAUAUUUCAGUGUCACGCUUGAUUUGGGGAAUUGCACAAAUCAAUUUCAUCAUAUUCGUAACUCAUUUUUAAGUGUCUGGACAUUCUAAAAAAUGAGCUCUGGUGACAGAGUUAUCCUUUAUAGUUAUCCUUUAUAGUAUUAGCUUCUAAUUUGGAUAAUUGUUUUCUGACAAUGCAAGCACUAUUAACACUACAAGAAGAACCAUUUCUGUCGGACAGCUUCUACGGGAAUUCUAAGAAAUGUCCAAGCAAAAGUAUCAUGAUUUACAGGUAAAUUCCCAGCUUCAAAACUAUGCGCUCUAUAUUUUCUGCCAGGUCUGAAAAAGUUAUCAGGCAACUUCCCUCUAACAAGGGCUGCAGUUCUAUUGAUAAAUAACUUGAGCUAUAAAGGUUGGUACCCACCAGCCAGUAGGUUUCCUUUUUUUUUUUUUUUAACCAAUUGAAACAUUUUUUAAUCUGUACUAUAUGCACUUCCUACUCCUCAUCGCCUAUUAUCAUUCAGAAUAAACACAGGUUUCCUGAUGCAUGCCAGCCUUAGUAACUGACGAGGGCAAAGGACACAAACCAUAGCUAACAACCAUGGCCUCCCCAGGCACUGGCCCCAGAGCCUCGUUGGCAGGUAGUAAGGGAAGUAUAGUUUUGGCUUAGUUCUGGCCGCUCUCAUAAGAGCCAAUCCUUUACCCAUUAAGAGACAUCUGGCAAGUUUUACAGGUAGAAUUCAUUGAGCUGUCAGGCAGGGGAAGCUUCCUGAGUGACAUCUUGAUUUAAAUUUAGCACAGAGCUAAAUGAAUUGCACCUCUCUAGCAGAAUAGGGAAGACUUGGGGAAGGGAGCUUUCCCCCUCGCUCCCAAUAAGCGGGAAGCAUAUUGAGAUGGUAAGGAAGGCGAUAAAACCUGCCAUCAUUACAGCAUUCCCCAACUUUUGACAUAGCGAUAUUUUUAGAAGAGAUGCAAGCACAAGUUCACAAACACAUCCUAAUCUGCUCCAAGAACUGAAACUUACUUGGAGCUUCUCUGGGGAAUGUAAGCAAUCCUCCUUGGUGAGUUUCCUCCAUGUUUCCUGUAUAAAAGAAAGUGGUUUGGGACUGAGGGAAUGGUAUGUCCUUAGGCACAGAAGAGCCUCCACCCAUUUCAUAUGUGUGUCCAGCUUCUUGAAAAGCACAGUAUAUGGUAAACUAUCAAAAAAGGGAAAGAAUCCUAACAGGCUUCGCAGUUGUUUCCUAAGCAGAGCGUGCUUUCGGUUCCGAUUUGAAGUGGUUCAGCUUGCAGCUACAGACAGCGUGUGCUUGGGAAUGCCUCAGCACACAGCAGGGAGAACUGAAGCCUGAUGAUGAGGGAGUUUGACUAUUUGAGGGUUUUCAGAGAAUCCCUUAAUAUUCCAAUCUGAAGUUGUUUCGAGAGAAAUUCCCCAUUCUGCUCCAGCCUCCUGCUGUCAACUGCUUUGGACACGGCUUGAUUUUAAGUUCUUUUAUGGCAUUUAGAAAGAGGUUCCUGAGGGCUAUACCAUGGAGGUUAUACAAUUAUCUUUACAUAACGCAUAUGGCGUUUGUUUUCAAAAGUUGAGCGUUGGUUCCAUGAGUAAAAUAAUGAGCACCUUUAAAUACCACUUCAAAGUUUAAAAGGGAAAUACGAAGAUGAGGUAGGGGAGAGGGCUUUCAAAAUGCUUCAGUGUUUACAAGUGAUGGUUCUAGGUAAUUAGAAAAGCCAUGUUCAUCAUGGUUGAAAUUUGGAACAGCUCAUGCAAUGACUGUGUUCAUUUUUAUACAACUUAUUUAACUUCAGAUUGCCAUUUGUGUCUGAAAUGGAAAUGUCAGUCUGUACUUUGAGAUCAGCUCGUUAGAAUGGUAACAUGUAUACGGGAAAAGAUGCAGUAUUCCUAAGUCUGUGCUUUGUUUAUUAUAUGUACCAAAGCUGCAAUUGAAUAAAUGUGGUGAGAGGCGAGGCCUUCGGUUGUAUUAAUAUUCCUUUGUUUUGUUAUUAGGACUGCCUAGAAGUGUAGCUAAGAUGUAGUUUCAGGGUUGUCUUAUUGCUUUUAUAGUGAGGAUUCAUAGACUUGAAGCCGUGUUAAUGCCAGCACCCACGCAGUCUGCAUAGAAAGGCUCAAAUGUGAACUAAUGCUGAUGAACCACACAGGCCCAGGAAGCCUUAACACUCACAGUUCAGAACCCGCUAUCAGACCUUGCCCCUUCCCAUUGCCUGUAAGUUUAUCACGUAAACGUACGCCAUCGGCCAAAUCUGUCCCUUUACUUUUCCCUCCACACCUGCAGGGUUGUGGGUCCCGCAGAAGUGUUUUCAACUUGACCUGGUUGAGUUGAGGAGAAAGAUUUGGCCUGUCAUGUCUUCCAUGUCUACUUAUUCCCACACUGCCUUUCACUCACCUGGACAAACACCCCCAACACAUGCACACGAGUGUACGCGCCUUGUAUAUGCAGCAGCCAACAGGCUAGGAAAUACCAACAAAGAACUUUUUUAAAGAAGUAAUUUGUAAUGACCCAUCCUGUGUAGAAAUGUAAGUUAUUACCUGACUAGAGAAUCAGCUUAUAAUACUAUGUAACUUUGCCUGCAUUUUAUAGUUCAGAAAUGUAUAUAAAAAUUUAAAAUGCUAUAUUUUCACAAUUUCAUUAUAGAGUAAUGUCUGUCUAGCAGCCCAUGUCCAUUGGUAUUUUAAAUAUGUUAAAUACUGAGCAAUUGCAAUAGAAAUUCAGAUUUUCAUAAGAAAAUUAAAAUAGAAGGGUACUGCAUCUUUAAAAAUAGAGUGAAGCUAUUUUACUGUAUUCGUAACAUAUGUGAUAGUGGAAAAACUAUUUUCAAACACGCAAAUUUUACAGAGGUUGUAAAUAGUUUGAUGACGUAUGUUGGGGGAAAUCUUCUAGUUUUCAUCACAAUAAAAAAAACCACUUGUUCAGA